AUGAAGUUUGUUGCGUUACUAACAUUGGUUGUUGGUUUUGUCAAUUCAUUAGAAUUUGAUCAAGGUAAAUCUCUUGCUUUUGUCUUGCCUUUGAUUUGCCUUUAGUUUGCCUUCGGCUUGCCUUUGGCCUGCCUUUGGCCUGCCUUUGGCCUGCCUUUGGCCUGCCUUUGGCCUGCCUUUGGCCUGCCUUUGGCCUGCCUUUGGCCUGCCUUUGGCCUGCCUUCGGCCUGCCUUUGCCCUGCCUUUGGCCUGCCUUUAGCCUGCCUUUGGCCUGCCUUUGGCCUGCCUUUGGCCUGCCUUUGGCCUGCCUUUGGCCUGCCUUUGGCUUCUGCAUUUGGCCUGCCUUUGGCUUGCCUUUAGCUUGCCUUUGGCCUGCCAUUGAUCGGUCUUUACUGUGCUUUUUCUCAGCUUUCGUUCUGGCUGUGCUCUGCCUUACUUUUCAGAAUUACAUAAAUACCAAUUUUUGUGUGGGUUACCUUAAUAUCACUUUAGAAAAAAGCUCAUUAGCAUUGUCAAUUGGCGAUAAGGAUAAAGUUGAUUUAAAGUUUACAUUGGCUUUACUGAAGGAUUUCGUCGUAGUUUUUGGAGCAGAAUGUAAAGAAGCAGGCAGUUGUUCCAAAAAUGGUCAUCCAUUUUACAAUGCUGAGUAAGCGUUUUCAAAAUUGAUGGGCAAAGACAUAUGAUUUGGCAAAGUAAAAAUUGAUAAUUUUAGAAAAGACGGCAUUACACUAGAAAACGGUGAAGAUGUGCUUGGAUUUAAAACAAAAUUGGCAAAAGAAGUUAAAGUAAACGUAUGUCAUCAUGUCAUCACUUAUUAAUGAAGUUUUAUAAUAAUCACUGGCGAUUUUUCUUUAGCAAAGGAUAAAAAAAACUUUAAAAACAUUUAAAAAAAUGAAAUUUUAAUUUUUAAAAAAUUUAAAAAACCAAAUUUUAGAGUGGUGGCAAGACCUCAAAGCUCGAUGUCAAUGUUAUUGUUGAUGUUACUCAUCAAGAAAUGAAAAAGCAAGACUUUAAAGAUGACGCAGUUUUAGGUCUCAAAACAGGCAAAGACACACCUUUUGAUAAACUAGUUUCGCCUUAUGAGAGCAACAAUCAAUACUUGAUAAUGGUACCAAAAUUUAAAGAUGUAAGUGUGCUUGAAACUUCAAAAAAAUGUGAAAAAUAUUUUAGAAAUUUUUCUUGGUUUUUUUUAAUUAGAAAGUACAUUUUUUAAACUUUAGGACGAUAAGAGUGUACCAGAAGGCUUUCUUGGCACAGAACCAAAAAAUGCUUGUAACAAAUUUAAUCUUGUUGAAUCAACUUCUGAUAUCUGGACAAACGAUUUUAAGUACGUUACCAAAACUUUUUUUACCCUACCCUACCCUUUUCUUACUUUUAACCUACAUCAACCCUAUCCUAGUCUUAUCUGACUUCUACCCUAGCUUAACUCCACCCUCAUCUUUACCCUACUUUAGCUUUACUAUAGUCCUAACUUAUACAUACUCUAUCUACUCUUACCCCUGCCCUAAAACCAUAAAUUAAUUUUUCAAAUAUUUUUAGCAAAGUGAUAAAUGACAAAGAAGUUACAUUUAAAAUAGCACCAGCUUUUGAAGAAACAUAUGCCGCCAGUACAAAAGGACUUGAAUUGAUUGGAGAUCUGUCACUUACUAAAGAUGCCUACAACAAACUAAAAACGUUCAAUAUUACUUACGGAGGUGUGGAAAUAGAAUUCGACCCUCAAGCUGUGUACAAAUUUGACAACAACAUGGGAACGUAUAAACGUACAAUAGCCACAAUUGAUAACGAAGGUUUUGACUUAGUUUUGCCAAAUUCCUUGCUGAAGAAUCAUUGUAUAAAGUUGGUGAAAGAUGGUGACAAAUACAAUGUUGGGUUGGCUGAACGUCAAAAUGGAGUUGGCUUGGCUGCUGCGAGUUUGGUUGCUUUGAUUGGAAUGUUUGCUUUGUUACAAUUCUAA